AUGGAAGAACCAUGUUUAGAGAAGGCGUCGCCCAAGCUUUCCUUGUUGCACCCAGAAAGAUUUGGUGCUGUAAUAACUUUAGGCAUUCCUCCUGGUCCCUAUGCUAUCAAAAACCACCUUCUCCCCAAAGGCUUCUACGUUACUAGGUGGCAGGAGCCUGGGAGAGCAGAAGCAGAUUUUGGCCGGUUUCCUGUGAAAUCGGUGAUAAGGAACAUCUACACUCUCUUCUCUAAAAGUGAGGUUCCAGUAGCAGCUGAUGAUCAAGAAAUCAUGGACUUGUUCAACCCAUCUACUCCUCUACCACCAUGGUUCUCUGAGGAAGACCUUGCAACCUAUGCAUCUUUAUAUCAAAAAUCUGGAUUCAGAUAUGCAUUGCAGGUUCCUUACAGGUAAACAGAACAGAUUCCCAUUUUCCUUC